UUCACGCAUGCGCUUUUUGCUGAAUGGAAACUAAACAAGUUCGAUCGAUUCUCAGAUUGUUUGAUUAAGAAAAUGUCCAGUAAAGAAGUAAAAGCCGAACUUAAAAGUGCCAGAGAAGCCAUCAAAAAUAAAGAGUUUAAAGAAGCUUUGAAACACUGUAAGGCUGUUCUCAAACUUGAGAAGAAUAACUAUAAUGCCUGGGUGUUUAUUGGAGUGGCAGCUACAGAACUGCAGCAGCCGGAUCAGGCACAGACCGCCUACAGGAAGGCCACUGAACUAGAGCCAGAGCAACUGCUUGCAUGGCAGGGUUUAGCAAAUUUGUACGAAAAAAGUGACCAAGCAGCUUUCAAAGCGGAGCUACCAAAGAUUUACCAGAAACUUAUUACACUGUAUGAAACCUCAGACAAAGCAAAAUGUUUUGAAGUGAGCAAGAAGCUGGUGGAAGUCUAUCAGUCGGAAAAGAACUAUUUACAGGUGGCCAGAGUGUGGAGGAGGCUGAUCCAGGUGAGGGAGGCCGAGGAAGGGGUGGAGGACGUAGAGCUGCUGGAGCUGUGGAAGGAGAUGACCAGACUCUUGCAGGACACUGUUGAGGAGCAGGACAAUGAGACUCAACAACACCUGAUAUCAGCGUAUGAAAGAGCUUUGCAACUGACUACAGACGUGCCUGAUGAAGCCCACAGGAGCCUUUUGCAGGACUACAUUAAAUGUCUUUCCAAGGUUCCUCAUGAGGCGGCCAAGCUGAAGGAAGUUUGCGAUGCCGCUCUGUCACGCUAUCCGACACACUCCUACCCUCUAGAGGCCCUCAGUGAGCACUACAUCAGAGCAGGUGACUGCAGUGAGGAAGCUGUCCGCUGUUUCAGCCGCCUCUCAGAACUGGAUCCGAACAACUCGCAUGCUCACUUUGGUCUUGGUAUUAAAGCUUGUCAGGAUAAAAAAUACGAGGAUGCCAUCAAAAGCAUUAGUCUAGGAUUGAAGCGUAUGCGCUCCUCCAUCAUUGGCUGGUACAAUCUUGCUCUGGCUCAGCUAAAAAUGCAUAAAUACUCUGACAGCGCCACAGCUUCCAGCCAAGGGCUGAAGUCAAGUGUGGGGACCUCUGAUGAUUGGACUCAUAAGCUGCAGAGGUUGAAACUAGAGGCUCUGGUGAGAACAGAAAGAGAACAAGAUGCUGAUGAAGCUCUGCAGAUUCUUACACAGAUUUCAGAUGCCAAAAAUGACCCAGUGCUUUUAGCGUUGAAAGGAAGAGCUCACUUGCAAAAAGGCCACACCGAGGAAGCGUUUCAGGUUUCAGCUGAGCUACUGAGCUCUCACCCAGGAUCCGUGGAGGGUCUCGCUCUGAAGGGGCUCGCUCAUGUUGUGAAAGAACAGCACAAACAAGCUGAAGAAAGCUUUCUAGAGGCUUUAUCCGGGAGCCCAGAUAAUGGGGAGUUGUUCUUUCUGCUGGGGCGCCUGUUCUGGAACAUGGGAGAAGAAAUGCGAAGGGAUCGGAGCAAAGCCCAUACACAUUUACUCAAGGCUGCUAAACUGGACCCGUAUCUCGCUUCGGUGUUUCGUUUUCUGGGUCAUUACUAUAGAGAGAUAGCAAAAGAUCAGGGCAGAGCCAGAGGCUGCUAUAAGAGAGCGUUUGAGCUGGAUCCCUGUGAUGCGGAGGCUGGAGCGGCUACUGUUGACCUCAGCAUGGAGCAGGGGGACAUG